CCCAUAACACCAACUUUUCACUCAAAGUAGUGGCUUAGCUUAUUUUCAUCUUCCAAAGCAUGUCACAACUUCUCUUUUCAUUUCUCAUGAGGUGCAUGUGUCCUUCCCAUUACACACAUAAAAACAACAACACAAUUAAAGCUAGUAACCCAAAUUGAGCUGGCUCAAGGAUACAUUACUAUAGCAGGAAAUAAUAAUGGACAAGAAACCUACAAAUUCUUUCCAAACUCAUUUUAUGGACAUACAUGAAGAAGUUUUAUCAGAAGGAGAUGAAGAAGGAACGAUAAGAAACGAGGAAAGGGAAGAGAAGUACUUGAAUAAAACAACAACAAAACCUCGAGAACCGAGGAGAAAUCAUGGAAGACUUAACCGACAAGUUUCUCUUGAGACGGGAUUUUCUGUUCUGAACAGAGAAAGAAAAGGUAGAGAUGAGAGGAAGACUCUGACAAGAAGUGGAACCAGCUUAGGAGGUUUGAAUCCUGCAAAUAAGAUUGGUUUGGAAGGACAGAAAAGAGAUUUCAGUAUCUUUAAGACGAAAUCCACUCUCAGUAAACAGAAUUCUUUGUUGCCAAGAAAAAUCGAGAAGGAAUUGGAGUCUCAGAAGAUUAAUGGCACUUCUGGUGCGGAUGAUGAUUCUGUUAAUGCAAGUGUUCCUGCUGGUAGAUACUUUGCAGCUCUCAGAGGACCUGAGUUAGAUGAAGUCAAGGACUCUGAGGACAUCCUUCUCCCCACAGAUGAGUUGUGGCCCUUUCUCCUUCGGUUUCCUAUAGGAUGUUUUGGUAUCUGUCUCGGCCUAAGCAGUCAAGCGGUUUUAUGGCAUAACCUGGCGACAAGUCCUGCCACAAGGUUUCUCCAUAUUACACCGAAUAUCAGUUUUCUAAUAUGGUUGUUAUCCUUGGCAGUGCUAAUAGCUGUUUCCAUCACUUAUAUUCUCAAAUGCAUAUUCUACUUUGAAGCAGUCAGAAGAGAGUAUUUCCAUCCAGUUCGUAUCAACUUCUUCUUUGCCCCUUGGGUUGUCUGCAUGUUUUUAGCCAUCUCUGUACCCUCUCAAUUAGCCCCAAAACAAACCCUUCACCCUGCCAUUUGGUGCACUUUCAUAGUACCUUAUUUUCUCCUUGAACUCAAAAUUUAUGGCCAGUGGCUUUCUGGAGGCAAAAGGCGUCUAUCUAAGGUUGCAAACCCCUCUAAUCAUCUCUCUGUAUCUGGGAACUUUGUUGGAGCAAUUUUAGCAUCAAAAGUGGGUUGGAAAGAACCUGCCAAAUUCUUUUGGGCUGUUGGUUUUGCACAUUACCUGGUGGUGUUUGUUACACUGUAUCAGAGAUUGCCAACAAGUGAGGCGUUGCCUAAAGAGCUACAUCCUGUGUACUCCAUGUUUAUUGCAGCUCCCUCUGCGGCUUGUCUUGCUUGGCAGAGUAUCUAUGGAGAGUUUGAUGGGAUAUCCAGAAAUUGCUAUUUCAUCGCCUUGUUUCUCUACAUUUCACUUGUUGUCCGGAUCAAAUUUUUCACUGGUUUUAAGUUUUCAGUGGCAUGGUGGGCUUAUACCUUUCCCAUGACAACUGUUUCAGUGGCAACCAUCAGGUAUGCAGAGGAGGUCCCUGCCUUCAUUAGUAAGAGUCUUGCUCUUGGACUUGCAUUUAUGUCAUCAACUAUGGUUUCUGUUUUGUUUGUAUCCACUCUCCUGCAUGCUUUCUAUUGGCGCACUUUGUUCCCAAAUGAUCUUGCUAUUGCCAUAACGAAGAGGAAGCAAGGCGGAGAGAAGAAACCCUUGAAGAAGGCCUGUGACAUUAAGCCCUUGAAGAAAGCCUAUGACAUUAAGCGUUGGACAAAGAAAGCUCUGACCAAGAACUCAGAGAGCAAGGAUAAUAGUAAGAAUAAUGGCUACAACACUCCAUAAUCCAUAUGAUAACAGCAGUACCAUAGCCUAGAAUGGGUAGCAGCGUAGUCCGAUAUUGCCCUUAUAAUUCUAAGGUGGGACCAAUCAUGGAUUUAUAUUAUAUCUUGAGCAGAUUAUGCUUGAGAAACCUAUAUUUGAAUGGUAGUUUGUGUUUCAAAUCUUAUUUUAAAUGCUUUAUAUGUAGACCAU